AUGUUUCAUUUUAAUCUGAAGCAAGGUUAUCACCAUAUUGAUAUAUUCGAAGAACAAACUUAUCCUGAAUUUUCUUGGAAAUUUGAAGGGAUAACAAAACAUUUCAUAUUCACUGUUCUACCUUUUGGCUUAACUUCUGCCCCAUUUUAUUUUUACAAACGUAAAGCGUUGUCUGGAGUCGCAAGUUCAUACGAAACAUGUUUAAUUGAGUCGGAAUUUGUUCAGGGGACUUUAUUUAAAAGCGGAUUCGUUGUUAACAACGAUAAAAGUGUCUGGAAUCCACAAAAAGAAGUAAUCUGGUUAGGCGUUAAAGCAGAUUUGCAUAGAAAUGCUUUUACUAUCCCUCAAAUACGAGUUAACUCUAUCUUAGAUUGUAUAAAUAAGGCCAUUCAAAACUUCCCAUAUUCAAUAGCGAGAAAUUUAGCAAGGCUGUGUGGCAAAAUUGUUUCUACAAAAUUUGUUGUGAAAGAAUUAAUUCAGUUAAAAACUAGAAAUUUAUACAAAAUCAUUAAUGCAGAAAUGUCUAGGGAUUCUCGAAUUAAUCUGAAGAAAAAGAUCAGGCUAUUAAGGAAAUUAUCUUUUGACGUGAUAAUUUUGAAAUGUUUAACAAAAGAGAAAUCAUUCCCUACAGAAUUCCGCAAAUUGAUUUCCACAUGGCGGAAAUUAUAUGCAAUUCUGUUCACAUUAGAAACAUUCAAAACCAUAUUAAAAGGAAAAAUUAUAAAUUGGGAAUCGGACAAUUUCGCAGCUAUUAUAAUAACAAAAUCAGGUAGUGCAAAAUCCCAGCUACAAGAAAUAGCUGAACGUAUUUUCAAAAUCGGUUUUGAUUAUUCUAUCGAUAUCAAUAUAUCAUGGAUACCUGGAAAAGAAAAUCGUUUGGCAGAUAAAAUAAGUAAAUAUUUUGACUACGAUGAUUGGCAAACUACAGAAAAGUGUUUCAAUACACUGAACAGAUUAUGGGGGCCCCUGACAAUUGACCGAUUUGCAGACCACGAGAAUGCGAAAACGCCAAUAUUUAAUUCACGAUUUUGGUGUCCCAGAACAGCGAUCGUCGAUGCGUUCAUUGUCGCGUGGGGAAACGAAAAUAAUUACUUAAUCCCGCCUACGUCAUUAGUGAGCAGAACUUUAAGUCACAUGGAGGCGUCGAAAGCCAUAGGUGUGCUAGUUGUUCCAUACUGGAAAUCUGCAAAAUUCUGGCCGUUAUUAAUCAACUCAGAUUCGAAAUUUAAAACGUUUGUCAAAGAAUACCGUGUUUUUAAGAUCCCUAGCGAUUAUGUCAGCAGGAUUGCAGAUCCCUACUGCUGUGAAAACACAAUCGUAAAAAGUGUAAACAGAUGGGCAGUCAAGCCCAAGUUUAAGAGGAAGGUAGCAUUAGCAGGAGUGCAGAUGGCUACUGGAUAUAAACUUUGGGUUGCUUAA